CUUCCGUACCGCCGCUUCAACCGCUGUCAGGACCAGGCAGACACUCCCCGGCCACGCUAUGUUAUCGCGAUCUCCGCGUGUUUACCGGACGCUGUGCCGCUCCCUGUCAGCGGCUCGUCAGCUCAGUGAUGUGCUGGUCCGACAGAAAACAUCAGGCCACACCAUCUGCAGCCAGAUCGUUUACAGGAAACCUCAGCUAUGUGAUUUUCCAUCAUCAGCCAAUAUCUACCAAAUAAGAUACUUUAAGACAUCUGCUCAUCACAGGGAUGAAGUGGUCACAGUCAAAACUCCUGCAUUUGCAGAAUCAGUUACAGAGGGGGAUGUGAGGUGGGAGAAAGCUGUGGGUGACUCCGUGUCAGAGGAUGAAGUGGUUUGUGAAAUCGAGACUGACAAGACCUCGGUGCAAGUCCCCGCUCCUGCAGCCGGUGUCAUCGAGGAGUUACUGGUGCCUGACGGAGGGAAGGUAGAAGGAGGAACGCCUCUCUUUAAACUCCGGAAAGGAGCUGUUGCUGCCAAAGCUGCCCCCUCCCAAGCUACAGAUGCACCACCUCCAGCAGCCGAAACCUCUCCUCCACCUGCAGCCCCAGCUGCCACUUCUCCAGCACCACCACCACAGCCCGCCCAACCCAAGCCUGUUUCUGCUGUCAAACCCACUGUUGCAGCUCCAGCCCCCACAGCAGCUCCUGCAGCUCCAGGAGUGAGAGGAGAAAGCAGGGUGAAGAUGAACCGCAUGAGGCUGAGGAUCGCUCAGAGGCUGAAGGAGGCUCAGAACACCUGCGCCAUGCUGACUACCUUCAAUGAGGUAGACAUGAGCAACAUUCACGAGCUGAGAAAACUCCACAAGGACGCCUUCUUAAAGAAGCACGACACCAAACUGGGUUUUAUGUCGGCGUUUGUUAAGGCUGCUGCACACGCUCUGAUCGACCAACCAGCCGUCAAUGCUGUUAUUGAUGACACAACCAAAGAGAUCGUCUACAGAGAUUAUGUAGAUAUUAGCGUUGCCGUGGCCACUCCAAAGGGGCUUGUUGUACCUGUGAUCCGGAAUGUUGAGACCAUGAACUUCGCUGACAUUGAGAAAGCCAUUAAUGCUCUGGGAGAAAAGGCUCGUAAAAACGAGCUCGCUGUCGAGGAUAUGGACGGAGGCACUUUCACCAUCAGCAACGGUGGCGUGUUUGGCUCCUUGUUUGGCACACCCAUCAUUAACCCCCCGCAGUCUGCCAUCCUGGGCAUGCAUGGCAUCUUUGACAGACCUGUGGCCGUCAAUGGCAAGGUUGAGAUCCGGCCCAUGAUGUACGUGGCAUUGACGUACGAUCACCGACUCAUUGACGGCAGAGAAGCCGUCACCUUUUUACGCAAGAUCAAAGCGGUGGUGGAAGAUCCAAGAGUCCUCCUCCUGGGAAUGUGACGUUUCCGCCACUAAAUUCUUAUUUAAAGAUACUCAGCUCCAUAAAAAUGAACUCCACAUCACAGAAAACGCACAAAAUAGCCUGUACAAUUAUUGUUUUUUACAAGUGUUGGUACUACAGGGGCGUACCGGGGUUGUGUUCCAAUGCUCAUUGCACUUAAAUGCAUGUUAAUACCUGUAAAGUAUCUGUCAAGUUGCCUAAAUUGACGAAACUAAAAGUUUGCUACUUUGAUCAGUAUUUCUUUUACGACAUUUGAAUUAAUCAAAUGGAAAUAACUUCAAAAACAAGACAAAACUCUGGCUUUAACUCCACAUAAGCCUGUCUAAAGAUGCGUUAUGAAGCCUUCGGAUGAAUGAAGCAGUAUGCAAACUCACUUUACUCUCAUCACAGUUGUAUAAUCAUAAAACAGAAUGGCUUUUCCAGACAGCAGCUGCUUGCAUAACAUUUCCCCCCGCUUGUUAAUUAGUGCUCUUGAGCCACUUUUUCCACAGUAGGGCCGAACAGGGAUAAUUCAGAUUAGUUCAAGAUGUUGAUGUUAACACAGGUUUCACAGAUUGCUUUGGUUAGACACUGUAACCGGCAACAGCCUGGGGAAAAUGAGUCAGUAACCAGGAAACCAGGUCUUUGUAUGGAACUUGUGUGUACAGCAGUGCCAUGCCUUUAAGUCCACAUCAACUCUCUGUUUGACUUGGUUUAAUCAUAUUCCUGCCUGUCCUGUGUUGUAUAUAGCAAUCUAGUAUAAACUUGCCUCGCUCACUGUUGUCAAGGUUACAUGCUCUGAUCCAACUGUUAUCAGUUAUUUAGUAAAACAAACAAACAUUUCAUUUUUGUUUAGCAGAAACUGUACAUAACAAAAACCUCAUGCUUUUUUACAUAGAUACACAUAAUUUGUUACUUUAUGAAAAAUAUGUUCGAAGUAAAGUUCAAAGUGCACAAUUUGCAGGUUUUUAUGCUGGAACAUUCAUUUUCAUUGUCCGGUCUCGUAUAUGAAA